CAAUAUCCGGGUCAGAGGAGGCGAAUUUCCGCGCCUUUUCGUAGUCGAGAUGGAUGAGGGGGUCAAACAACCUACAAUAUUUCAACUGCAUUAUCACAUUAUGGACUAAAUUAAAUUUUAAUACACAUGCUUCAAAUGCAGAUGAUUUGGUGAAACAGGAUAACAUCGAAGUAUGUUGCUCCCGUCUGACGUCGCUAGACUUGUGCUGGGCUACCUGCAGCAAGAAGGGCUCACUGCCACAAGCCGAGCCUUCAUCUAUGAGAGUCCAAACCUGAAGGAAUAUGCCGAGCACAGCUCAGAGGACGGGGUCAUCCCUGCCUGUGUGUUUUCUCUUUUUGGAAAAAACCUGAUUACGAUUUUAAAUGAAUAUGUUGCUGUUAAAGCAAAAGAAACAAGUCAAGAAAAUCAAAUCCCAGUUGUGAUGACAUCAUUAUGGAAAAAGCUGGACUUCACACUCAACCAAAUCAAGUCUUUGCAGAAUUCUCCUGCAGUGCAGCUGAAUCAACGACUUCGCACUAUGAAUAGCAUUCAAAAUAUGAGACGUCAACAGAGACCCUUGUUGGCAUCACAGUCUCCCAUCAUUGGGCACCUACCCAUGACUCCAGCAAUUCAGUGUGUCCCCAGCACUGUGUCCACCCCUCAAGGCAUGCUGGGACAUUCCACCCCAGUGUCUUACACUUCCCAGCAUACCAGGCCUUCCACUCUCUGCCUUAGUCAGCCAGGGGAGUCACCGUUGCAGAUAUUGGUUCCUGAUAAUAGACUGAAUCCAGGACCUUUGUCUCCAGCCCGCAGGAAAUGUGACUCACCGAGGCGGAGAGGAGGUGGUCAGUUGGGUGCCAGCGGGACAAGCAGGGCCACUGUAGUGUCCAGCACUCUCAUUGUGGAAUCUCAAAGUGAAGAAACUGUGACGGAGAACUUGUCUCAAAUAGUUAUAGAAAAUGCCAGAGAAAAAAUUCUCAAUGAUAGAUCCUUACAAGAAAAACUUGCUGAAAACAUCAACAAAAUCUUGGCAAGUGAUAAUAGUCCUCAGACAUCAAAAGCUGCCUGCAGUACUGUGGAACAAGAGCAGUCGAUUGAUGAAAUCCUGGGCCUCCAGGGGGAAAUUCAUAUGACGGAUGAUGCCAUCCAAGACAUAUUGGCGCAGACAGAGUCAGACCCAGCAUUUCAGGCACUCUUUGACCUCUUCGACUAUGGGAAAAGUAAAACGGCUGAAGGCAGUGAACAUGCUGAUGGGAGCUUCAGUACUAUUACCAGCGCACAAGAGAGUGAUGAGACCGGGCAUGUAGACAGCGCUUCUGAAACCGGCACUGGACAGGAGGAUUCCACAUCAGGAGCAGAAAGUAGUGCACAAAAACUAAGCACCCAGUCUGAGUCAAAAAGCAAAAAGAAAUCAUCCAGCCUUCGUAAUGCGACAAAGUCUGCUUCCACAGCUUCACAGCCACGUAUCGUAACCAAACAAACUGGACGAGGAUCCACAAACUCCAAAAGAGGACUAGCCAGGACUAGAGUUUUAUCUGGUAAUAAACAAUCCAAAGGUGCCACUUCAACUUCAGGGUUGAACGAUAAAGUGGAUUCGCGUCCACCUGACCAAACCGUAUCAAGCUCUUCUUUGACCGAGGAAGGAGUUGGCAUGGAGAUAGAUGAACCAGAAAAUGAAGCCUCUGAGAGUGUAAAUAUCCAGCUAGUUACUCUGGAGAGCUCAAAUGCCAACGAAACAUCAAAUGACAAUACAAGCAGUCAAGUUCCUGUUUCAAGUGAGACAUCGCAAACCACAUCCCCUACAGAAACCUCAAAUAACGCAUCUGUGAAUGAGCCUGGGAGAGUAACAGGAAUGACCAUUGGACAGAAUGAGGAUAUGGGAACCUCUUUAUCCGUUCAAAGUGAAGCUGUGCCCUCACUUUGCUUGCCUCAACCUGACACAGACACAUCCGCCAAAAUGGCUUCUCCGCCCUCUUCAAACAAGACUGCUUUAACGCCUUCCAGCAUUCAGACUCAGUCCAGUACUGUCAAAAGCAAUCUACCUACAUCAGGUGCUUCAUCUACUGCCACUACGCCAUGCAUUUCUGAUGCCCCGGCCAGGGAGCUUGAUCCCAAUAAGAUUGUGUCUCUGAAAAUCAUCAUCAGUGACGAUCAGGACGAGAUCUCAACUGAUGCAGCACUGAACCAGGCAGUUUCCAGCAUCACCAGUGACCACAUCCCCACCAUCUUCCUGUCCUCUCCUGCCAAAUCGCCUGCCAAGACUUUGCCCGCAACCUCUGCAGUCAUAACCCAAGAGGAAACGGCUCAGGCUGUGAGCUGCUUACAGGGGGCAGAGGGUGUUGGAUCAUUCGGAACACCUACGAGGAGCGUGCAGAGUAGUGGACAGCUUGCGUUGGGACGUCCCGCAGGUCAGGAAACCGGUUUCAUUCAGCUGUUGCAAGCUAACCCCACCUUUGGGCCUUCAAGUAGCUUUUUUGUCGUAACCGAUCCGGCUGCUGCCGAACAGCGGUCAAAUGUUGUGCUGCUUCCAAGUAAUGUGCCUCAAGGGACCGUGUCUUCAAUGCCGAAUGUGGUAGCGACUCCACCUCGCCAGAGGACUGUGGUGUCCAUGGGAGCAAAUGUCUCUCAGACCUAUUCGCCUGGAUCCACAAUCAUUAUAUCUUCUCCAGUUCAGCCCAUGUUACAAAAUGUGAUGCUUCCAGUAUCUGUGAUGGGGCAAAAUACUGGAAAACUCACAGUCCUUCCCAAUCAGAUGUUGACUUUGCCGUGUGCAGCCACUGUAAGGCAGCCUGCAAAAGUUAUUUCUCAACAUAAAUUGGCACCCAAGGAAAACACCGAUAUGGGUAAAACCGGCACAUCUGGGUCUGGUCAAGUGCUUCCCCAGACCUCUGAGCAACAAAAGAGUGUGAGCGCAACAAGCCCCAGCCAUCGGCGGAUACUUUGCUUUGACGUCACACCUGAAAUCACUGCAGCUGGCCAGAAUUCUUUACAGACAUGCACACUCACGUCCUCUGCUGUUACUUCCUCUCCAGCUCAGCAGGUUCAAAAAGAAAUCACACAGACUGAACCGAAACAGCCUUUAGUUUCUGACACCUGCAAAAGAAGAAUAGAAACAGUUAGGCUGCCAGAAGUAAAUCCCAAAGCGGGUAUAAAGAACUCUGAAAAAGUCACCAUAUUUCAUCAACAAAAAGAAGCCCCAAAAAGCAAAGUGACUGAAAAGGGACCAAAUUUAAUUGUUUUAUCAAAUGCCAAGUCUUCCAACAAAGCUGCCAUUGAGCCAGAGGCUCUCAUUAGAUCAGAAUCGCUGAAAAAAUCACAAGCAUCACAGAAGGAAGAUGGAGGAGUGGUUUCAAAAUCUUCUGCUCCAGGGCCAAAGCAGAAACCAGCAGGCAACACAAAGGACAGCACACAAGAAGAAUCCCGUGAAAAGAAGCAGUUAAAAGCAGCAGAAAGAUCCUCAGAAAAAACUGCCUUACAGAACUCUCCAGGCGUCACUGCAAAUAAAGAAAAUGAGCUGGAGAGCUGUCAGCGUCAGACACUCGUACGCCCCUCUGAGGAUGUCACACCUUCUAUGGCAAAAUCUACAACACCUGUAUCAAGCAGUUCCAGUAAAACCUUAUGUAAGACAAGCCCUCUAACUAAACAGGCCGUUGAGAUGCUGCAGGACAUACAAGGCCAAGCUCCUGCGGCCACUCCACCGAAGAGACCGGUGGCCGGAUGUCCAGAUCUCCCGCUCCCGAGAACACCUGGACCAGGACGUGCACAGGAGGAGCUGACGGAUGGAUUGAGAACCCCGUCCCGACAAAGGCUCAGGAGGGAGGGUGAAAGCACGCCAAGGCAUCUCCCCCCUCCUGCCACACCCGAUAUCCCCUCCUGCAGUCCUGCCAGCGAGGCGGGGAGUGAGAACAGCAUCAACAUGGCCGCCCACACUCUCAUGAUCCUGUCACGCGCCGCCAGGACAGGAGGUCCUCUGAAAGACAGCUUGCGUCAAGAGGAGGCCAGUGCUGGGAAAUCUGCCAUUCCUAAAGGAAAGAAGCGAAAGCAAAUUGAAUCAAGCCCUCCUGCAAAGAAAGAGCUACAGCUUUCCAGCUCCUCGAGCAGUAAAAGAAAUCUAAGAAACAGAAGAAGCUGCUGGACUCCUUUCCUGAAGACUUGGAUGUUGAUAAAUUCCUGUCAUCCCUGCACUAUGAUGAGUAACGACGCUGAGGACGAGCCGUGCUGCUGGCCACCAUUUCAGGGACAUAACAAGCCAUGUGUGCUACUGAGAAUGAUAAAAUGGAUCUAUUCAGUACCCGUUCUGAAUAGCUGCUUUCUGUUUUACAUCCAGAAUGUGAGAUAUUGUACAUAGAGACUAUAUUAGCCUAAUAAUCAUAUUCAUACAUUUAAGAUGUUCAUAUACAGGCCCAAACUAAUUAAGCACUCUUCAAAACAGACAAACUGUCAUUUUUGACUGCAUUUGUGAAAGAGUGUCAGAUCAGCUGCUCCAUUGCAACCAGCUGUUGUUUAGUUCGUUGCCUUUUAUGUUUUCCAUCAACUGCACCAUGUGACUACAUUUGUGAACAUUUUUAAGAGAGGUGAUUUCCUUUGUACAGCCUCUAGGUGGUAUUCUUCCUUUACAGUAUGGAUAGAAAAGUUGAACAUUAUUGCUUUCUGUCCUUUAGAUGGUUUAUUAUAUGAUGUAUUUUAAUAAAUCGCUAUAUGAUUGAAUAUUAUUUUAAUGAUUUCUGUGUCCAGCUGUGGCAUAUUUAUAUGGAGCAGACCUGCAGCAGUUGCAUAUG